GACCUACUAAGGUUUCAACGGUGGCCCACAGGUCUUCACACGGUUAAAGGUGGUGAGCGACUCACUCUGCAAGAUACGUGUCCACGGCCCUCUAUUUUUAACCUUUUCAUCUUCCUUUGGGACUCUUCCUCCAAAAUGGCCUUCUUCUCCUCACCUAUCUUCUUCAACCUCCAUCUAUUCAUCACCAUCUUCCUCUCAUUCUCCGGGAUCGAUCCCGUAUCGGGCUGUUUCACCUCCAUCUUCAGCUUCGGCGACUCUCUCACAGACACCGGAAACUUCCUCUACAUCGAUAACACUUCCAACAUCGGCAAUUUCCCCUAUGGAGAGACUUACUUCCACCAUCCAACCGGCCGAUGCUCCGAUGGACGUGUACUCGUCGAUUUCAUUGCUCAAGCAUUUGGACUUCCAUUGCUUCCACCAUAUCUCGCAUGUUCGGACGGUCAAGAUCUUCGGCAGGGAGCGAAUUUUGCUGUCGCGGGGGCCACUGCGAUCGAUGCCGCCUUCUUCGAAGAGAGGAAGAUUGGAGGUGUGGUGGCCAACAUAUCUUUGGGAAAUCAGAUCUCGUGGUUCAAAGGCCUGUUGCCUGCUCUUUGCGACUCACCAUCAGGGUGCCGCAAAUUCCUGAGAGGAUCUCUUUUUCUGGUUGGAGAGAUUGGCAUCAAUGAUUACUUCUACCUGUUCAGUAAUGGAUCGAGCUUAGAAGUGAUCCGGACCUACGUUCCUCAAGUUGUCAGUAGCAUUGGUUCCGCAGUCCAUACGCUGAUCGAACACGGGGCCAUGACACUUGUGGUCCCAGGCGGUCUGCCAUUGGGCUGCUUUGCCUCAAUCCUCACAAUUGCUGCCAGCUCGAACAAGGAUGACUAUAACAAUGAAACUGGUUGCCUAAAGAGAUGGAAUGAGCUACUUCAGUAUCACAACGAUCUACUGCAAAUAGAGCUGGACCGGAUGCGGGACCUCCACCCUCACGCCACAAUCAUCUACGCUGAUUAUUACAAUACUGUGUUGCGUGUCUACCGCUCUCCUCUCCAGUUCGGAUUUAGCAAGGGAGCACUCCCAACAUGCUGUGGAGUGGGUGGUCCUUACAAUUACGACCCCUUGUUCUUAUGUGGUACCCAUGAAGCACGAGUCUGCAAUGAGCCAUGGUUGUAUUGGAACUGGGAUGGAAAACACCCAACGGAAGGUGGGCAUAGAUUGAUAGCAGACGCUGUAAUCAAAGGACUAUAUGCCUUUCCACCCAUUAAUAGUCCAUGUCUGCAGCUAGCAUCGCAUGUUAAACACAAUGGUCGGUACAAAUAUAUGUAGUUUACAAAUACGGUGAGCGUAUUGUAUGUGAUUGUGAUCGGUGGGCCGGCACGCUUUAUUCCAUCCAUGUUUAUGCCACAAGAGUGGAAAUAAAAGUGAUGACUAUUAGCACUUAUUA